AUAAUUGCGGCUUACUUGCUAUUAGCAUAUGUGUCAAGACUGUGUAUUGAUCCAAUCCCUCAACUUUAUGAUAAGACUAAUCCCUAAACUCACGCGCAUCCAUAUGAAUCAAGUCUCUAAAAGAAGGAUUCUUGAAAAGAAAGUGGAUUUUGUAGAAUUCCUGUGCAGCCUUUGAUCUUUCAUUCUCGAUGGCACUUGAAAAAAAAAAUUCAAUUGCUCCCUCUUAUAUACUAUUUUAGCUAGCUGUUUGCUCUUGCUUCUUCUUCCAUUUUUUUUAAUAAAAAAUUUAUGUGGCGUGUUGUUUUGACUCAACAAUUUUAGUUGAUCAGCUUUUGUAGGAGUUUUAAUUGACUUGUGUGUAGGUAAGUAUAAUACUGUCAUUUUUUUAAUUACUACUAGAUAAUUACAUUUUUUAAAAUAUAGCAUCAUAUAUGUAAUGCUUGUUGGACAAGUUUGACUGUAGUCAGAUUGAAUGCACGCUCAUUUUAACAUAGAGACAGUAUCUUUGGGGAAAAAAAAUCUUCUAUGAAUUUUUGUUAAGAACUUUAAUGGGUUGACUUCAUUUUUUGUUUUUGUGAGUACAACAACACGUUAGAGUGAAGGAUUAAGAAUAUAUGCUUUAACUAAUUGAGUUAUUUUAGGAUAAGAUAUAUGUUAUCGUCUCAGAGGUAGAUCGUAAAUAUUUUCAUCAAAUUGAUCGUGAUUAUAUGUGUAAUAACUUCAGAAUUCAGAAUUAGUUGAUCCGGCAACAAUAUGAAUUUUACUUUACUAAAUUCAAAGAAGAAAUAGGUUGGAACAUUACUUUACUAUAAAUAAACAGGGUACAGGUUACAAAAACGAAAGAUUCAAUUCCAGAAACUGCAGUUGUGUCAAACUAAAAGAUAAUUAGAAAACAAUUGUGUUGGCAGAGUAUAAAAGGGAAAAGGGGAAAGCAGUGUAGAACCCAAGUCGCAAAACCAGCAAGCCAAAAACUGGUCCUUCAUCAGAACCCUCCCCAAAAAAUUGUGAUGAAGAGAUUUGGCCAUUCAGAAUCUCUGGAUUCUUUCAUCUCCAUUUUCUCUCCAAAGGAGCAACCGAGCUCCACCACCGCCGGAGGCUACAGCAAGGAGUUUCAGGCAAUGUUAGACAGUUUGGAGGAAGAAGAGAACAGCGAGGACGGCGGCGGCGGCGGUCCGGCGCCGGAGAGAAAACGGCGGCUGAGGCUGGAUCAAGUGAAGGCCUUGGAGAGGCAUUUCGAAGUGGAAAACAAGCUGGAACCUGACAGAAAACUGAAGAUUGCAGCAGAAUUAGAGCUGGAGCCACGGCAAGUGACAAUUUGGUUCCAAAAUCGGCGAGCCCGUUGGAAAACCAAGCAAUUAGAGAGAGAUUAUGGAGUUCUUAAAGUCAAUUACGAUGCCCUUAAACUCGAUUACGAUGUUCUUGAGAAACAGAACACUUCUCUUGCUUCGAAGCUGAGAGAGUUGCGGGAAAAAGUAAGCAGAGAGAGCGAAGAGAUGAAAAUUCAAAGAGAAUUCACCGCCAUUGAUAACUGUUCUGCAACUUCGAUGAUGAAUUGCUUUGAAAUUUCAAAUCAGAGAGAGUUUAUGAAGGCGACGAAUGAGGAGCAGAGUUUGUUUAAUGCAGAGGAGACUUGCAAUUUCUGUUCUGUGGAUCAAGCUCCAUCUCUCCACUGGGGAACAGUGGAGGAGCAAAGAAGAAGGAGCCUCGAAAUAACGAUUUAGUCCCGGGCCAAAUCGGUGAAAUUUGAGACACGCUAAAGUUUGGAGACUAAAUUAUUAUUCAAAUUUAGAAACUAAAUUAUUACUUUUAGAACCGGUUAAGAUGUUAAUUUUUUUUUUCUAAGUUAAAAAUAUAUUUGAUCCAUAAAAUAAAUUUUUUUAGUCCUUUAUGCUUUUAAAUCUUUUCGCGAUUUUAGUAUAUGUAGUUUAAAGGUUGUCUCCUUAAAAUUUCAUGACCACCCAUUUCAGGAAUUAGUAAUUCUUAUGUGUUUACUGACACCAAAUAUUGUAAGAUUGGUGAUUAUCCGUGAAAUUAGUCGAGGUACACAUAAGCUCCUCUGGAUAAUCACGGAUAUCAAGAAAAAAAGUUGUCUCCUUAAGUUUAUUAUAACCAACUUGAGGCUAAA